GCCGCCUCCCACCCCCAUUUUGUACCCCGGGAAAGACAGACAUUCCCUUCCUACACCUGUCCCUGCCCACUGUGGUGGGACCAGAGCUCCUUUCAUCCGUAAGAUAAAAAUCAGUGUUUUCAAAAAAGAGAGAGGUCGAAGUAAAAAUCAAAGACCCGACCUAGACAUCCAGCUCCAGGGACGAAAUCAGCCUUCCCCAACCUGGGUUCUUCCCAUCCCCCAUUCUCUGAUCCUCAGCCUUCCUCCGAAGCCCCUUGGGUCCUCUUUUCUCUCUUGGCGAGGGCUCACCUGUUUCGAGACUUUUUUAGAUUCUGGAGGGAGGAGAAAUAGGAAUCUUCCCCACCCCCUUUGUACCUUUACUCUCUAUUCUUUGAGGGAGAACCGAACCUCUAAGGGAUUUUUUUAGGUUUGAGUUGUUUCAUUUUUGCUUUACACCCUACUUCUUCCCUGAGAUCUUGAAAAACCAUCCUUAUUGUGUUUCAAAGUGAGGUGGGCGUGUUGGGUAUCUACGGGGUUGGCCCUGUGUGCCUAGGAAUGCAAGUGUAUAUUGUUGGACUGUCAGUGAAUAACGGCAUGCUUUCAAGUGAAACAGUACAGAUAAGUAAAUAAAGAACUUUACAUUAGGAAUGAGUAUCUCCCAGUCUAGGGUGGGCUCCUCUGUUGCUCAGGGAGACUGCAGUUAACCUUGAAGGUAUAAUUCCUUUGAAACAAAAGGCAGGAAGUGUUUGAAAAAAAUUCAGGUUCAGUGGUCUAGGUUUAUGAUUAAUCUGGUCCAGUGGCCUUUGGUUAGUCCUUAGUCCUGAUUUUAUGGUAGGUUUUUCCUUCCAGGUGAUACCGAUAUAUAUGUAGGGAGAGAGCUGUUGAUUGAUCUUCUAAGACCAGUAUCUUCUACCAAAAUUCAGGGGAUGAAAAUUGAAAGUAAAUUUUAAAUCUUAGAGACAAGGAUAAAGAAAAGCAAGGUAAACUCUGGCUAUUCACACACAUGACUACCAAAAAGUGUCUCUGUAGGGUGCUCAUAAAGGCCUUCAUUUUGUGAGGUGCAGAAGAAUAUUGAUGGUUUUGGCCUAAUGUUAAUACCAUUGAAUCCCCAGUAAUCAUCUGUUGCUAGCACUUUCAAAUAUUAAAAUUUGCCAUAUUUGUUAGCGUUGCUUCUUUCGCUUUUAAUUUGAAGUCUUCUGCUGUUAUCUUCAGCCAAAGAUACUGAGUGGGAUGCAAGGAGUUAGAAUCACAGAGGACUGUCCUCUACCUUCCUGAUGAGACUUUGUGAAGGUAGACCUCCUAAAGUAUUGGACACCUUUCCACCAUGCUGAUGACAUUUUAAAUAUACUUGUCAAUUUUCCCAAAUUUUAACUGAAGAAAAUCUUAAGAAUUUAUACUUGAGGAGCAAAGUGUGACUGCCAAUUAUCAGGCUUUCAGGAUGAAUCUGGAGAAACUCAGCAAGCCAGAACUCUUAACACUAUUCAGUAUUCUUGAAGGAGAGCUUGAAGCAAGGGACCUUGUUAUAGAAGCUUUAAAGGCCCAACACAGAGACACUUUCAUUGAAGAACGCUAUGGAAAAUAUAACAUCAGUGAUCCUCUAAUGGCACUCCAGAGAGACUUUGAAACACUGAAGGAGAAGAAUGAUGGCGAGAAGCAGCCAGUCUGCACAAACCCACUCUCAAUUCUCAAGGUGGUGAUGAAGCAGUGCAAGAACAUGCAGGAGCGCAUGCUGUCGCAGCUGGCUGCUGCUGAGAGCAGGCACCGCAAGGUGAUCCUAGACCUUGAGGAAGAACGGCAGAGGCAUGCACAAGACACAGCUGAAGGAGAUGAUGUCACCUACAUGCUGGAGAAGGAGAGAGAGCGGUUGACUCAACAGUUGGAAUUUGAAAAGUCCCAAGUGAAAAAGUUUGAAAAAGAGCAGAAGAAGCUCUCCAGUCAGCUGGAAGAGGAGCGCUCCCGCCACAAGCAGCUCUCCUCCAUGCUAGUGCGAGAGUGCAAGAAGGCAACCAGCAAGGCCGCCGAGGAAGGCCAGAAGGCAGGAGAGCUGAGCCUGAAACUGGAGAAGGAGAAGAGCCGUGUGAGCAAGCUGGAGGAAGAGCUGGCCGCCGAGAGGAAGCGGGGCUUGCAGACAGAGGCCCAGGUGGAGAAGCAGUUGUCUGAAUUUGACAUUGAAAGGGAACAACUGAGAGCAAAGCUGAACCGAGAAGAAAACCGGACCAAAACUCUGAAAGAAGAGAUGGAGAGUUUGAAGAAGAUAGUGAAAGACCUUGAGGCUUCGCAUCAGCAAAGUAGCCCCAGCGAGCAACUGAAGAAACCAGUAACCAUGUCUAAAGGCACCAUGACUGAGCCGCCUGUGCUAGUGUCCGUAUUUUGCCAAACGGAGACUUUUCAGGUAGAAAGAAUCCAUGGGAGCAGCACAGCCAAGGUGACAACCCCUGGGCUGCCUGGUCCCACCACUCCUACUUCCUCUUAUGCAAAAACCAAUGGCCAUUUUGACCCAGAGCUACAAACUACCAAGGAGUUGAUUACAAGCAGCAGUGUAGAAAACCAAGUGCUUCCACGAGAAAAGCCUGUGGGACUGGCCCAAGAGAAAGCAGUAGAGAAUGGAGGAUGUCCUGUGGCAAUAGAGACUCCAGUCCCAACACCUAGUCUCCUCCCUUCCAGCGGGAGCUCACCAUCUCCCAGCAGCACUGCCUCUUCCUCUCUCACGUCCUCUCCUUGCUCUUCACCAGUACUAACCAAGCGCUUAUUAGGGUCAUCAGCUAGCAGCCCUGGCUACCAGUCAUCCUACCAAGUAGGGAUCAACCAGCGGUUCCAUGCAGCUCGGCACAAAUUUCAGUCCCAAGCAGAUCAGGACCAACAAGCCAGUGGUCUCCAGAGCCCUCCGUCCAGGGAUCUAUCUCCCACCCUCAUAGACAACUCCACCGCCAAGCAGCUGGCCCGAAACACAGUCACUCAGGUGCUCUCCAGAUUCACUAGCCAGCAAGGGCCAAUCAAGCCCGUAUCUCCCAACAGCUCUCCCUUUGGCACAGACUAUCGAAAUCUGGCCAACACUGCCAACGCAAGAGGUGACACAAGCCAUUCACCUACUCCAGGGAAAGUGUCCAGUCCUCUGAGCCCCCUGUCUCCAGGAAUCAAAUCCCCUACCAUCCCCAGAGCUGAGAGAGGAAACCCUCCACCCAUCCCACCCAAAAAACCUGGCCUCACUCCUUCUCCAUCCACUACCACUCCACUGACCAAAACCCACUCCCAGACCUCCUCGUUGACCACCACAGAAGACCUUGCCAGCAGCUGCUCUUCUAAUGCUGUUGUAGCUAAUGGCAAGGACGUCGAGAUACUUCUGCCGACCAGCAGCUAGUCCCUAGGAGGGAGUCUCCACAUUUGACAUUCCAUCAGAUUUUGUCCAAAAGCUCAGUGUCAAACCAUUGAGUCAGAUCGUGUUAUUUAUUUUGAUAGUAGCUGAAACCAUCUGUUUAAUACAUUUAGUGUAUUUCACUUUUUUGUAUUUUUUUAAGUAGAAACUGAGUAAUUAGGAUUUUUAUGACUCACAUCUUUGUACUAAAGCUAGAAGGGCACCUCAAAGACGUCUAAGCUUCACAGUCACCAUCAUGUUAUGAUGGAGAAAGCUAAAUGAGUACGAGUACCAGGUGGUGAUUUGCUGUCUAUUUGGGGACUAGAAUCCCUCAACACUCACUUUGAAUUAUGCAGAAGUCGUUCAUGCAGAUUUUUAUUCCAGAUGAACAUGUUUAAAAAGUGCCUGAAAUUAGACUGCCAUAUGAAUGUGAUUCUGCAGCAAAAACACAAAAUGCAUCAUUUAACUGCAAAAAAAAAAAAUGAGAUCCUCCGUGAACUCUGAAUGUUGAAAACCAACACUGCUUUUAAUACUUUUACUAUUUUUAAUAUAAGCUUUGUGUUCAGAAACAAGGCUGCAUAAGUAGAAUGGGAAUCCUAAAGGUGGGUGUGAACUCACCACAAAGCUGAGCUUUAUAGAGCCCUUGAGAAGCCGUCCUGAACAUUAAGCAGCUGGGGUGCUGAUUUUCUCGUACUUUUGAAAAAUUACAUCACUCCCAGUUUCCUGUGUAAAUUCUUGAAUAGAAUGAAAUCACAUCUCCUUCAAAAAUGUCUUCAGGCAUCUACUGUUUUGUAAGAACUUCUGAUUCUGAAUGCUUUUACUUGAAUAGGAAAUGGUUACUCAUUCCGUAUAAAAGUUUUGCAACAGAAUGAGAUCUUUAUUCUGUAAUCAAAAAGCAAUAACUUGAAGUUCACUGUCUUUGUAAUAUUAUAAGUCAGAAUGAUACCAGUUUUAGCAAAUUGUUACACUUAUUCUCCAAGCUGCCAGCACUUGGUGUCUGUAUCUGUGGAACCAAAUUAACUUUUGCCUAAAUGGAAGUAUACACAUAUCUGUAUAGAUACACACCCUUUUACGUGUUUAACAUACACACUUAAACACAUAAAUAUUAGUGUGAUUAUAUAUUUGGAGUUUGCAAUAUAGCAUAAAAGACGAGUAGAAAUGCAUGUUAAGAUUACCUCCCAAAGCAACUAGAUGUAGCAGGGACCCAGUCAAUUAAAGGAGGGAUCUUGCCCACAGGGAGGGGGACAUUUCAAAUGAAAUCAGGUCUUCAGCAUCAUACAAAGACAAGGCCAAACCAACACAGUGUCGCAAAACUCAACUGUUCAUAUAAAUGAAUGAAAUAGAUCUGUCACUCAAGUAAUAUGACAGCUGGGAGCAGUGGGGCUGGUAGCAACCCGAAGUGUCCAAUUCCUGUUGAAAGGGGCCCCCUCAUUCAGCUGCAGCUGCCUGUUGCCAUGCAAGAAUCCUAGGUCAGGGUUACCAGCUCCACUUUUUUAUGAAAUCCAAAUUUUCACAAGAAACAUUCUCAUUUUUAAAUACCAAGAACUAAUCCAAAAAAACUUAAAUACUGCUAGUUAAAUACUUCUGCAGCUGGAUUUCACUAACAAGCUGCCAAGUUGCAACCUCUCAUUCUAGAAACUUCUGUCAUUUCCAUCAUAGUGAGUUUGUGAAGACAGAAUCCUCCAGUCCAGACGAACUCCAUAAUAUAAUGACUGUCGUCCUCAGCCCAGCUCAGACAUGGCAGUCACAUGAUUUUGUGUCCACAGGGAUGGAGAGGCCUUGGUGUCCUCACAUACAUUCUUCCAGCCAACAUUUAUCCAACAGCCACUGACCUGCUAUAAUGUAGACCUAUUUCCUCUCAAUCCAGUAUGAGUUGAUAGGGGAAAGGCAGGUGAUGGAAGUCAAGAUAAAUCACUGUUGGGGUAUAUUGGUGUCUUCCACAACUUUUGGCUUGACUAAAGCCAAUACAUUAAAUACUGUUAAUGCCCGAGUGGGUUCACCCAGUGAGAAGGGGUUAUCUUAAACUGCCCAGAGCACUCACGUGUUAAAUUGUAUUCCCAUGCGUAGUCAGGUGAACCGUGUUGAUGAUAAAAUAGCUGAACUUUCUAAACAGGAGAGGGGGCUGUAAUCCCAGAGUGUUAUUACCUCUCUUGCUUUAAAUGGUAAUCUUACAGGUUGCAUUCUGCUCUUCUUUUGUUUUGGCAUAGAUAUAUAUAUAGAGAGAGAUACUAUAAGUUUAUUUCUUAGGAAGUGCACUGAAUAAUGUAUUUCUUUUACAGUGUAAUAUGGGGGUGGGGAAAUACGAAAGAAAUGCAUAUUUUUGCUAGUUGCCUAUCUUCUGAGAUAAGUAAGCACAAUACUGCAAUGGAUCCAAAAAUCCAGUUAGGUAUUAUAGUAUUUAAGUUUGCUGUAGAUUGUGUGUGUACUAAGUAAAAGUUCCAUGAUUCACAAUUUUGGUCUUAGCCCAUGUUGCUAAAGUUGUGUUAACUGGCCAACAGAUUAUGAUGAUGUGCAACACAAAAGCCCUAACUAGUCAUUAAUAUUUGUAAAGCCAAAUGUUUCCUGCAGAAGUCUUCAUCCAUUUUAUAGCAGACUACAUUAAAACAAGUUAAAUGAUA